AUGCAGCCAAAGUACUGCAGCGUUUGUGGGUCGACGUUGCAAGAUGGCAAGGCGUGCCAUGUGUGCGGGCACAUCCUGACACCGGAUGAUCCGCCCGUGUACGAGUACGAGCUGCACCCGGGAAACAACCUGUUUCCUUGCUGGGGCCGCUGCAUCACGGCCAAGGACCAGUCCGUGGUGUCGUUCACCUGGAUGGCCUUCUUCGUCGUGUUUGGUGUCUUUCUGGGCCUCACUGCGCCCUAUGUAUGGACCCACCUCACACCGGCCCUCGUCAUUGCGCCGUGCAUCCUGGCCGUCUGGUCCGCCGCAUCCUUGCUCAUGACCCAGUGCACCGAUCCGGGCAUUGUCCCGCGCGGCGAGCAGUGCGAGAUCCUCCAGCCCGACGAAGAGCUCAUGGGGUUUGCAAUGUCCAACGCCUUCAGCCACAAGAAGGUGAACGUCAACGGUGUUGAGGUCACCGUCAAGUACUGCAGCACCUGCCGCACGUUCAGAGCACCUCGCGUCUCCCACUGUCGCGCAUGUAACAACUGCGUCGAAGAAUUCGAUCACCACUGCCCGGCAACUGCAUCGGCGCAAGAAACUACAGGUGGUGCUCGUGUCAUCUGCCAACGCCAGACUGCGCUUCGACCAUCAUAUUUCUUCAGCUUUGUUUGGACGAUGCUGCUGCUGCUGGGUACUGUCUGCGCCGCCUGCAUCUGGCACCUCAUUGACGUCUCAAAGGUGAAAGGCUCCAACAACGACAAGUCUGCUUUCGUGCAGGCGCCGGCGUCCGUCUUUGUUGCCAUCUUCACCGGAAUGUUUCUCCUGUCCGUGUCCUCCCUCGCCUUCUACCACCUUUCCCUCGUCAUCCGCAACGUCACCACAAACGAAGACAUCCGCUCCCGCUUCACCCGUAAUCCCCACGCGCGCAACUGCUGGCUGAACGUGUGUUCGCGGCUGUGCGGCCCGCGUAUGCCCUCGCGCCUCUUCCUGCGACGUCGUCUGGACCCGUCCCUCGCCCCGUUCAACCGGCCCUUCUUGCCGCCGCCCCAGCCGAAUACGCAGAGCACCGUCGCCGCAGCGCCCGCACACGGCUUCACCCUCCACGAUCCACCAAUCAGCAACCCAGCCAACACGACCACGACCACCACUAACAACACCGACGGGUCGAUUGUGUCGUCGCUUCGCUCGCACACGACGGCAACAUCGCCAACGCCCUCAACACCGCUGCAGGCUGGUAUUGCACACCCGCACCCGCGCCACGUGGACGUGUCGCCAGCACCGCAGGGCACACACGCGCACGUGUCUGGCCAGGCUGGGGAGUUGCUUGCAAGCAUUCCCAGCGUCGGGGAAGCCAUCACGCUCAGCGAGCACGAUGACGACGACGAUGACGAUGACGACGUUCGUAAUGAUGGUGAGGAGAAGGGGAAGGUGGACGCAGAAAGGAGACGACAGCUUGAAGCAACACAGCAGCAAGCGAUGGGCAGGGUGCACUCGACACACAGCGCCAGCAGCCCGGCAACCGGCACGCCCUCGCUGCGACCAGCGACGAGCAGCGCCACGGGCGGCGUAGUGGACAGCAGUUACAGCAACGGCGGGGCUGUGGUGGCGGUUGUGGAUGACGUGCGCAGCGACGAUGAGGACGUGUCAUCACCGCUGUUGCUCGAGCAUCCAGAUGAUGCGGCGUGA